GGCGCCGGGCCUAGGCCCUGCCAGUCAUCGCCGGAGCGGUAGUGCAACCCGUGCUUCUCCGCGACCGCGUCCUCGUCCUCCCCAUCCGCUUGCCCGCCCGGCCACGCCAUGGAGGGCUACCAUAAACCUGAUCAGCAGAAGCUGCAGGCCCUGAAGGACACGGCCAACCGUCUGCGCAUAAGCUCCAUCCAGGCCACCACGGCGGCCGGCUCGGGCCACCCCACGUCAUGCUGCAGUGCUGCGGAGAUCAUGGCUGUCCUCUUUUUCCACACCAUGCGCUACAAGCCCCUGGACCCCCGGAACCCUCACAACGACCGCUUUGUACUCUCCAAGGGCCACGCGGCUCCCAUCCUGUAUGCCGUAUGGGCUGAGGCCGGCUUCCUGCCUGAGGAGGAGCUGCUGAACCUGAGGAAGAUCACCUCUGACUUGGACGGGCACCCUGUUCCGAAACAAGCUUUCACCGAUGUGGCCACUGGCUCCCUGGGCCAGGGCCUUGGGGCCGCUUGUGGGAUGGCCUACACGGGCAAAUACUUCGACAAAGCCAGCUACCGCGUCUACUGCAUGAUGGGAGACGGGGAGCUGUCGGAGGGCUCUGUGUGGGAGGCCAUGGCCUUCGCCAGCAUCUACAAGCUGGACAACCUGAUUGCCAUUCUUGACAUCAACCGCCUGGGCCAGAGCGACCCCACCCCGCUGCAGCACCAGGUGGACGUCUACCAGAAGCGUUGCGAGGCCUUUGGCUGGCACACCGUCAUCGUGGAUGGACACAGCGUGGAGGAGCUGUGCAAGGCCUUUGGCCAGGCCAAGCACCAGCCGACGGCCAUCAUCGCUAAGACCUUCAAGGGCCGGGGGAUCUCAGGCAUAGAGGACAAGGAGGCUUGGCAUGGGAAGCCCCUCCCCAAAAACAUGGCCGAUCAGAUUGUCCAGGAAAUCUGCAGCCAGAUCCAGAGCACGAAGAAGAUCCUCGUGACUCCCCCACAAGAGGAUGCCCCCUUAGUGGACAUCACCAACAUCCGCAUGCCCAGCCCACCCAGCUACAAAGUUGGCGACAAGAUAGCUACCCGCAAGGCCUAUGGACAGGCCCUGGCGAAGCUGGGCCGCGUCAACGACCGCAUCAUCGCCCUGGAUGGGGAUACCAAGAAUUCCACCUUCUCAGAGAUCUUCAAAAAGGAGCACCCAGACCGAUUCAUUGAGUGCUACAUUGCUGAGCAGAACAUGGUGAGUGUCGCCGUGGGCUGUGCCACACGCAACCGGACAGUGCCCUUCUGCAGCGCUUUCGGGGCCUUCUUCACACGGGCCUUCGACCAGAUUCGCAUGGCGGCCAUCUCUGAGAGCAACAUCAAUUUCUGUGGCUCCCACUGUGGUGUGUCCAUCGGGGAAGACGGGCCCUCUCAGAUGGCUCUGGAAGAUCUGGCCAUGUUUCGGUCAAUCCCCACUGCAACCGUCUUUUACCCAAGUGAUGGUGUGUCUACGGAAAAGGCAGUGGAAUUAGCAGCCAAUACAAAGGGUAUCUGCUUCAUCCGGACCAGUCGCCCAGAAAACGCCAUCAUCUAUAACAGCAAUGAGGAUUUCCAAAUCAAACAAGCCAAGGUGGUCCUGAAGAGCAAGGAUGACCAGGUGACUGUGAUUGGGGCCGGGGUGACCCUGCACGAGGCCUUGGCUGCUGCCGACCUACUGAAGAAAGGUGACGGAGGGAGGGACCCAGCAGGUCCCGGGUCGGGUGCCGAUGGUGUACUAGGUCUUGGGGAGAAGAUCAACAUUCGUGUGUUGGACCCCUUCACCAUCAAGCCCCUGGACAGGAAUCUCAUUCUCAGCAGCGCCCGAGCUACCAAGGGGAGGAUCCUCACCGUGGAGGACCAUUACUACGAAGGUGGCAUAGGUGAGGCAGUGUCCUCCGCCUUAGUGGGUGAGCCUGGCAUCACUGUCUCCCGCCUCGCCGUUGGUGAGGUACCAAGAAGUGGGAAGCCAGCUGAGCUGCUGAAGAUGUUUGGCAUCGACAGGGAUGCCAUUGCACAAGCUGUGAGGGACCUUGUCGCCAAGGCCUAGUAAGGGUAAAGUGUGCAAAGGGUUCUACACAUUCCCGAGAUUCUGGCAAAGGUGCUCAAAGAUGUAGUGAGAGGAGUAAUAAAUUUAUGUUUUGAGAAAAAAUGAA